AUGGAAGUGACAUCUCAAGGAAAUGAUAAAUUACAAGACAAGAGUGACAAGUUCACGGAUGAAAAGGAUACCACUACAGCUGGGCAUUCAGCGAUUAGUCGAGCUGUUGAAGCUGUUCGAGAUUAUCUGGAAUAUGAUUUUGAAUGUUUACUUUCUGAUGUCAAUAUCUUAACACGUAUGAAUAAGGCAUCAACUGAACGUUAUAUGGAAUUAACUACAAGUACAAAUGAUAUGACAAGAAAGUUAACUGAUGUGAAUAAUCGAUUUGAUUCUCUGCAUGAUGCUUUAAAGAAAAUUGAUCAUUUCAAUCAGGAUAUUGAACAGCUGGAGAAGAAAGCGUCUGAAAUUGACAUGUUAACAAAACAAUUAGAGGAUCGUUACAGUAAACUUCUGGAGACUCAGACCAAGUGA